GGCGGGGAAUGAGGCAUCUCCUUCCCUCAGGUGAAGCUGGAGGGAGCCUCUCCACGGAGGAGGACAAAAUUGCUGACCUGUGGCAGGAGAGGCCCUAACUCCUGUUUCUCCUUUGACACAGAUUGCUGGGACCAUUUGGGCUUUCGGGACCUUGGACCAGGCCCUGGCCCAGUAGGAUGCCCCCGUGUCCUCCCCAGCAGAGCAGGAACAGGGUGAUACAGUUGCCCACUCUGGAGCUGGGUGAGAUGGAAUUGACUUGGCAAGAGAUCAUGUCCAUCACUGAGCUGCAGGGCCUAAACGCUCCAAGUGAGCCAUCCUUCGAGCCCCCAGCCCCAUACCCUGGGCCCCCGCCGCCUCCAAGUUACUGCCCCUGCUCUAUCCACCCGGAGGCUGGCUUUCCCCUUUCUUCACCACCUUAUGAGCUCCCAGCACCCACAUCUCAUGUCCCAGACCCCCCAUACUCCUAUGGCAACAUGACCGUACCAGCAUCCAAGCCACUGACCCUCUCGGGUCUGCUCAGUGAGCCCCUCCCAGACCCCUUGGCCCUCCUGGACAUUGGGUUGUCAGCAGGGCCAUCCAAGCCCCAAGAAGACCCAGAAUCCGACUCAGGAUUAUCCCUCAACUAUAGUGACGCUGAAUCUCUUGAGCUGGAGGGGACGGAGGCUGGUCGGCGUCGCAGCGAGUACGUAGAGAUGUACCCAGUGGAGUACCCCUACUCACUAAUGCCCAACUCCUUGGCCCACCCCAACUAUGCCUUGCCACCUGCCGAGAACCCCUUAGCCUUAGAGCCCUCCUCGGGCCCCGUGCGGGCCAAGCCCACUGCACGGGGGGAGGCGGGGAGUCGGGAUGAGCGUCGGGCCCUGGCCAUGAAGAUCCCCUUCCCUACGGACAAGAUUGUCAACUUGCCAGUAGAUGACUUCAACGAGCUGUUGGCACGGUACCCGCUGACGGAGAGCCAGCUGGCGCUAGUCCGGGACAUCCGAAGGCGGGGCAAGAACAAGGUGGCCGCCCAGAACUGUCGCAAGAGAAAGCUGGAGACCAUCGUGCAGCUGGAGCGGGAACUGGAGCGGCUGGGCAGUGAGCGGGAGCGGCUCCUCCGGGCCCGAGGCGAGGCCGACCGGACCCUGGAGGUCAUGCGCCAACAGCUGACGGAGCUGUAUCGUGACAUUUUCCAGCACCUGCGGGAUGAGGCAGGCAACAGCUACUCCCCUGAAGAGUAUGCACUGCACCAGGCUGCUGAUGGGGCCAUCUUCCUGGUGCCCCGAGGGACCAAGAUGGAGGCCACAGACUGAGCUGGCCAGAGGGGUGGGACUGGUGAUGGAGGUUUCCUUCAUUCUCUUCUGAUAAAGGUACUCCCUCCCCACCGUGAGGCCCAGAAGGAGCUGAGUACUGUAGACCAGGAGGGACCACAAUGGGACACCUGGCAUUUGGAAGGUCCAAGGUGUGCUCAGUGAGGCUUGCCUGGAAGCGAGGAUGUGAGGGGAGGGCUGGAAUCCCUCUUCCGUGAUUCAGUGUCCCAGGUCUCCAAUCUCUUGUUUGAGCUUUGGUAUAUAAAGCACUCUACAGAAA